AUGAGUGGAAAAAAUGUGCGACCAUCUGGAACACGUGGAGGUGCUAGUGGACAAAGUUCAAAAGCAGCAUUUGCAAUGUUUCAACAAAAGGACAAGGAUGUAGGUGGAACGGGAAAGGCGAGCAGUGACCAACUUCCGAGUAAUAAUGAUCCAAGAAAUCCAGCAAGCAUCAAAGAUCGUUUACUGAAAUGGUGUGAAAUAUCAACCAAAGGAUAUCCACACGUGAAUGUGAAAAAUUUUUCAUCUUCUUGGGCAGACGGUAUGGCAUUUUGUGCCUUGACACAUCAUUUUAUACCUGAUGCAUUUGAUUUCAAUACACUGAAUCCUCAAGAGAAAAGAAAAAAUUUAGAAUUAGCAUUUAGAGUAGCAGAACAAUUUGAUGCUGAUAGGAGUGAAGAUAAACUUACAAAAAAAGGCAAAUUAAUUUAG